AUGCAACUCAAGGACUUGCAAGAUGAGAAAAAGGUGCUGUAUACGAAGAAGACCCAUUUGCAGAAUGAAGAACUACCCAUUCUGCGCAAAGCUGUGGAAAAGAGUAAGCAAUUGCUCUCUGCAGUAGUGGACAAACUGGAGCGUGCACGCGAGAAAGUUGCGCACGAUCAGGCUUCGUCCGUCAAGUUGUAUCAGCGACGACUGGAGAUGAUUGAAAGUGUGCGCUCAGCGAGUGGCAAAGGCGCCAGCGCCACAACAGAGGAAGAAGCGCGAAGACAAGCUCGACAAUCAUUCAGCGCCACAACAAGGUCACUUGCUACCAAAGUUGCAUUGCAGCAGUGUGAGUCCAUGUGCGACAAGAUUCAGAAAGCCACCGGGUUUUCCAAAAUGGAGCUCAUUUUCCAGAAAUUUUCACGUCGUGAGGAACUCAACGCGAGUUUUGAGGAGCAAGCCAAACUCUAUGAGGCUCGUCUGAAACAAAUCAAACUGAACCAGGCGGAGUUGGAGGAGCAGCUGCACUCUCUCGAGUUAUCGCAGGCUACGGCUACAACGGAAGAUCCACGGAUCCUAGAACAGAAACUACGCGCUGCCGAAGUAGAACUCGCACGUACAGAGUACACCCAGGCGAGUCUCCUCACCAGCUCCAAAGAGGUGAUAACCGGGGCCGCGAGAAUUGUAAAACUUAUGGGCAUCACGAACUGCAACGACCCAUACCAAAAUGCUAUACCGGCCUCUCGACUAUGGCCACCACCCGUAGGUUACGAAGGCGAGAGGAGCCUCACGUCUGAGUUUGAAACACUGGAAUCUCCUGCCAUCACUGUACUUUUACAGCUUUGCCAAGAUCGAGCGACGUUGAUGAUGGAUGCGGUUCGUUCACGAAGCUUGCGGGCGCAAGAAGCGAUCCGGACGUCAAUUUCUCGCUGGUAA